UCUUAAAUUCCUUUGAAAAUUGAAACCUUCCACAUCUCGGAGUCUCGGACGGGCUAUAUUAUAUCCCAAUGCGGCAUUAAAGAGAAAAUCCUGAUUUUCUGUGGAUUUUCCCUUUAGCUUCCUUGAAAGGGUGUUCGGAAAGAGGAUUAGGAAGAAAGGAGGAUAAAGAAAGCUGCCCAAGAAAAAGAAAGCAAAUAGAAGUUUUUGAGUUGGGGACCGACAACCUGAAAGAAUGACUACACCCUUACCUUCGAGACUGCUGUUGCCUCUGACCACCACCACCACCACCACCACUUCUUUCUCUUCUCCCUCCUCCACUUCUUCUUCACCAGAUUUUCCUUGCAAAUCCCUGAAAACCCUCCGUUUUGGAAGCCCCAAUUUCAGUCUCUAUUCUCCCUGUUCCCCGUCAUCUUCAUCGUUUACUCGUUCUCACCGCAGAUGUAUUCGACAACACAGACGUUCUCUCUCCAGACCAACGUGGCUUUGUGGACAUAUGAGAAGGGAUCAAGGCAUGGAAAAUUGGGAAUAUGAAGAGGAGAAUGUGAUUAGCAAGUUUGGUUCAGAUGAAGAGGUUGGCAAUCAAAUUCCAACACAAGCUCAAUCUAUUGUAGAAGGAUCAGGGACAGUUCUGGUAUCAGAGUUUAACCCUGUGCCAGAUGUAGACUAUCUGCAGGAGUUAUUGGCCAUUCAACAGCAAGGGCCUAGAGCUAUUGGCUUUUUUGGAACACGGAAUAUGGGUUUCAUGCAUCAAGAACUUAUCGAGAUUCUUAGCUAUGCUAUGGUUAUAACUAAAAAUCACAUUUUUACAUCUGGAGCAUCUGGAACUAAUGCAGCUGUCAUUAGAGGUGCUUUAAGGGCUGAGAAACCAGAGCUGCUUACAGUGAUUUUGCCUCAAAGUUUAAAAAGGCAACCUCCUGAGAGCCAAGAGUUAUUAUCAAAAGUGAAGAAUGUGAUAGAGAAGCCUUACAAUGAUCAUCUACCUCUGAUAGAAGCAAGCAGGCUGUGCAAUAUGGAUAUCAUUUCACAUGUACAACAAGUCAUUUGCUUUGCAUUCCAUGAUAGUAGGUUGCUUAUGGAAACUUGUCAAGAGGCUAAAAAUAUGCGGAAGAUUGUGACUCUUUUCUACUUGGACUAGAGCUAAUUACCCAUUGCUGUAUAUGCAUUGUUUGAGAGAGAGAGAGAGAGAGAGAGAGAGAGAGGUUUCUUAUUCUUUGUUUGUAAAUUAGGAGAAGAAAUAAGACAGAUAUUGUUUCUGUAGAUUGUAACAGUAAGAAAUGGGGUCAAUUUCCCCACUUUCCUUUGUUGGAAAGAGGUGAUUUCUUAUUGGUUUUAUUAUUAAUAGGAAUGACAUUAUUACAGAUGUACCAA